UUUUGCAAGUGCCGUCCCCUCCCCCCGCCCCGCUUGGGGGCAGCCGAGUGGAAAAACUCAAGUAGCACCGCAGUGGGCGUAGGUGGGGAUGGGCGGGAGCGUCCUGCCAACAGCCGGCCCGGCCCCGCUCGCAUCCGCACCGCCGCCUCCCCCGGGCUGCGCCGGCGUGCUGCUGCGGGACAGCCCGUUCCGCUCCGUCACUGGUCCCCGCAGGGCAGUGCGGGUUCUCCGUUCUCCCUCAGGAGAAGGCUCAGAAAUUGAAGAGUUUAAUCCUUCCCAGCCCCCUCAUCCGCUUGGGGGUGGAAGGGUGUCCGUGCAGCUCGGGCUCGUUCCGUUUGCAGGCAGUUUCUCCGGGCUCGGUACAGAGCUGUGCAUCCACCCUGGAGCCCCAGAUGUCUUUGUGCCCGGCAAACGCACGGCUCCCACUUGGCGCACAGCGCCCCGUCUCACUCCUCCUCCCAGGGUACCCGGAGGACAGCCCAGGCGCGCUCCUUGCCCCGUGGCGCGGCCAGCAGCUGCAGGAACCCCUCUAGACUUUCCACCGAGCAGCCCCGGCUCUACCCCGUCCCGCCGCUUGGGUCGCCAGCCCAGAGCCCAGGGCAGGUGCAGGGCCCGGGGGCUGUGGGUUAGCGGCGCCCAGGGACACGGCGGGGGGCUCUGGCGCCAGCAGCCCCGAAACGCCAACUUUUUGGCUUCCCCCACCUCCCCCCAGCUGGUCAGUUACCGGCGUCGGGGCUGUCGGGAACCGUUCGCUGAUUGGCUGCCGCCCUCUCAUUUAUAGCCCGUCAAUCAAAUACCCUCGGGAUUGGUGUGCGCAUCGCUUGGCGUUGCCCGCGGGAAGUGCUCCGCAGGCGCGGCCGCCACAGCAGCAGCACCACCACCUCGGGAAGCGGCGCCUCCGCCCGCCAGGCAGAAAAACUUCCUCCUUCCGCAGCAGCUGCCCAGGCAGGUUCUUUCUCUCUUUUUUUUUUUUUUUCUUUUUAAUUAUAACUUUGUCUAUCCGAUCUGGUGCCCGCCUGCUCGCCACCCUGGCGCACCUCUUGCCGGCUCCGGCCAUGUAUAGCAUGCUGGAGACUGAGAUCAAGACGCCGCAGCCCACGCCGGGCAGCGCCGGGGGCAACCCCGCUCCGGGGAGCAACGCUAAAGGCGGCGGUGGGGCCAACAACGGAGCGGGAGCCGGCUCGGACCAGGACAGGGUAAAGCGCCCCAUGAACGCCUUCAUGGUGUGGUCGCGGGGCCAGCGGCGGAAGAUGGCCCAGGAGAACCCUAAGAUGCACAACUCGGAGAUCAGCAAGCGCCUGGGGGCCGACUGGAAGCUACUAAGUGACGCCGAGAAGCGGCCCUUCAUCGACGAGGCCAAGCGGCUGCGGGCCGUGCACAUGAAGGAGUAUCCGGAUUACAAAUACCGGCCCCGAAGGAAGACCAAGACCUUGCUGAAAAAGGACAAAUACUCGCUGCCCGGCAAUCUGCUGGCCCCGGGGGGAGGCAACGCGGUGAGCAGCCCUGUCGGGGUGGGGCAGAGGAUUGACACUUAUGCUCACAUGAACGGCUGGACCAACGGAGCUUACUCACUGAUGCAAGACCAGCUGGGCUACAGCCAGCACCCGGGCAUGAACAGCCCCCAGCUGCAGCAGAUGCACCGCUACGACAUGACGGGCCUGCAGUACAGUCCCAUGAUGUCCACGGCCCAAACCUACAUGAACGCCGCCUCCACCUACAGCAUGUCCCCUGCUGCCUACGGCCAGCAGCCCUCCACGGCCAUGAGCCUGGGCUCCAUGGGCUCGGUGGUGAAAUCCGAGCCCAGCUCGCCGCCUCCGGCCAUCACUUCCCACUCGCAGAGGGCCUGCCUGGGCGACCUGCGGGAUAUGAUCAGCAUGUACCUGCCCCCGGGGGGGGAUGCCACAGACCCUUCCGCCCUGCAGGGCAGCAGGUUACACAGCGUCCACCAGCACUACCAGAGUGCCGGGACUGGCGUGAAUGGUACCGUACCACUAACUCACAUAUAAACUUGGCUGCUCCGACCGGCUCCCCCUCUUAAUCCCUAACUCCACCACCGCUCCCUGAAUACACCGGGGCGUGCGACAGUGUUGCUCGGCUUAGCAGACUUAAUACUAACUUUGGAUAAAUUUUAAAAAGGAAAUCCGUUAGUUGUCUGUCUUUUUUUUUUUUUUUUUGUAUGAAAAAAAUGUUUGAGUAAGCUGUUGUUUUAAUAGAUCACAACUCCUGCCUCCUAGAAGCCGCUGUGAGGUUUUUAAACCACGGUAACUUCUUUCUGCUAGGUUGAGCACUGUUGUAUUCACUAGGAAGUUUUUAAAAGUCUUGCAUCUUUCAGUUUGAUUUCUAGCGUUGCAAUGACAAGAAAGCGGCGGGCUGAUGUUUUUAAACCCGGUUGUUCACAUUAUCGUUGUGGUUUCUUAAGUGUUUUAUUCUUUCCACCUUACUGAGCCUCGCUUGGUUUCUAUACACAAUCUGUAGCUUUCACGACUUUUUAACUUUAGAGUUUUGUUCCUUAUAAAAAGGGGAGGUGGGAGAGAGCUGUGCGGGUCGCAAACAUUUAUUUAUAGUAAGUUGUGUGUCUUGUUUCGUUGUGGGCUUUUUUUUUUUUUACUUAAGCUGUAAAGUUAUGUAAAUUGGUUUGUGAAUUUUACUGUGAACCAUGUUUUGACAUAUCAGAUGAAGAAACCUUUUAGUUUUGUUUACCGGAUUUCUUAAAAAAAAAAAAAAAAUCGAAACACUCCUUCCCUCUCCCUGUCCUAAGUCCUCGUUUGCUUCCUUCUUCCAAACGAAGAGAGAUCAAUAAAUUUUAUAUCAAGCA